GGGCGCGGGCUCCCGGACCCUCGCAUUACGUAACCCACACGCACAGCACGGCGCACAAACAAUGUGAUUUUAUUUUUCUUUUUCGAUUUUUCUACUGUUUUUGAUUAUACAACUUUUAGGAUUAGUAUCGUGAUAUUAACUAAGAUCGCGCGACUUUUAUUUCGCUCUAGCUUCUAGUAUUUAGAUGUAAUGUCGACAUUUCAAUCUGCCCAAAGAUUUUCUAAAUAAAUUGUUUGGUGUUUUGUAUUGUGUUUUGAAAAUGAGGACUCGGCUUAAUGUGAAAAUGUAAUUUUUUUUUCUAAGUUAAAUCUAUUAUCCGGGUUAGUGAAAAUCAUUGCCAUAUUUAAAAUUCUUAAUGAAUAUUAAAAUGAAAAUUUCAUAGUAAUUUUCAUAAUAUUCCUAAAAAUAUUCUAAAUUGUUAUUUUAUCUGAAUUAAUAAUAUAUUAAGCGAAGAAAAAUGAUGGCGACUGAGAGAGAUCGCGGUGAACGCGAUUAUAUAGGUUUUGCGACUUUGCCAGAGCAAGUACAUCGGAAAUCUGUUAAACGGGGGUUCGAUUUCACACUUAUGGUUGUAGGAGAAUCAGGCCUAGGAAAAUCGACCCUUAUCAAUAGUUUAUUUCUUGGAGACCUCUACAAAAGUAGAAAAAUAGCUGAUGUCCAAGAUAGAGUUGAGAAAACAACAACAAUAGAAAAGAAGACUAUGGAAAUCGAGGAACGGGGUGUGAAACUCCGUCUUACAAUUGUCGAUACGCCUGGCUUUGGAGAUGCAAUCAACUGUGAAGAUUCAUGGAGGGUCUGCUCAGCUUACGUUGAUGAGCAAUUCCGACAGUACUUUACCGAUGAAAGCGGGCUCAAUAGAAGGCAUAUGCAGGACAAUAGAGUGCAUUGCUGCCUUUACUUUGUACCACCAUGGGCACAUAGUCUUCGGCAAGUAGAUUUGGAGAUGAUGAAACGCCUACACCGCAAAGUCAACAUUGUUGUAGUUAUAGCAAAAGCAGAUUCGCUUACUGCUGCCGAAGUGAAGCGACUUAAAUCGCGCAUAUUGGACGAUUUGGAUGAGUAUCAGAUUCAGGUAUAUCAAUUUCCUGAAUGUGACAGCGACGAAGACGAAGAGUUCAAGCAGCAGGACCGCGACUUGAAAGCAGCAGCACCAUUUGCCGUUGUUGCUGCUGACACCGUGCUAGAAGUUGGGGGGAAGAGAAUACGCGGGAGACAGUAUCCUUGGGGAAUUGUCGAUGUGGAAAACCCUAGACACUCAGACUUCACAAAGCUCCGUACGAUGCUUAUAUCAACACACAUGCAGGACCUGAAAGAUGUGACCCAAGAUGUUCACUAUGAGAACUUCCGGGCCCAGUGCAUUUCGCAAAUAUCACAGCACGCUAUGAGGGAACGAGGGAAACUUAAGAGAGACUCUAUGGGCAACAACCAUGACGUAGUAAUAACCGACACCGAUAGACUCCUGCUGCAGAAAGAUGAAGAAAUAAGACGAAUGCAGGACAUGUUGACACAAAUGCAAGAAAAGCUUAAAGCCACUGAUAAAAAACACGACAGUAUUAUCGACGUAUAGACUGCAAUAUAAUGUAGUAUAGUUCAAUUGUCACUUUUACCUAGUAGUUUAAAAUGUAUCUAGAAAGAUUAAAAACCUCUUUAGAAAAAUCAAAUGAAUUUAGACAUAACAUAAGGUCUAAUUGUAGUUUGUUGAAAUAUUUAAAUAGGUAAGGUUCACAUUCAAGUCGAAUACACUAGUAGAAGUGUAGCUUAUCUUUCGUCGUUUUAUACAAAUACUACUCUGUCAAGGAAGUACCAGAAACGAUCAGUAAUACAAAGUAGUAGUAAUAUGUGACGAAUAAGGUUGCUCGAUGGUAUUUCAUGAGUUUUUGACAAAAAUUCCUUCAUAAUAAUAGCCCUCUGCGAAAACAGUGAUCGUGGUGCGAAGUAUCAUGUGAGGACGAAAUACGGUGAAGUUUGGAAAGACAGCCGAAUAACAAA